UAUUUUAAAUCGUGUUGCAUUGGGUUCGAAAAAUCCCAGCAUGGCAAUGGCUUGGCCAUGGGUUGGACUAAACUCGGGAGAUGUAGAGGUUUAGCUUGGUUACAUCCUGCCCUCAACUCGGCCCAAGCCAUGGAUUUGGAGCACAUCCAGGGCCAUCCAAAUUCAAUACGGAAAGAUUUUCCUUCUUUUCUAAUUUUUUUUGGAAAGAUCUAAGAAUAGAUUUCAUUCCCUUAUGUGCUCAGCGAAUCUAGAUGCGCUGGGGGUACGGUCUCUAGUAAAUCUCCAUUGCAGUCAAGUGAAAGUCCUGGCAACCUUUUCUUCUAACAUUUCAAGCCUGGUGCUUUUCUUCCUUCAACACCAUCUCUCUCUCUCUCACACACACACACACACACCCACACUCUCUCAUGGCAAGCAAGCAUAUAGUUAUGUUUCCAUUGAUGGCCCAAGGCCACAUCAUCCCCUUCUUAGCCUUAGCGAAGCUCAUAGAGCAAAGAAACCCAGGCUACACUAUCACCAUCGUGAACACUCCACUGAACAUCCAAAACAUCAGGACCAGUCUCCCUCCCAACUCCAACAUCCUUCUCAAGGAGCUUCCCUUCCGCAGCUCUGAUCACGGGCUUCCCCCAAACACCGAGAACGCGGACUCCCUGCCUCCCCGCGAAAUUUCGAAAUUAGUUCGUGCCUCCGAGACCCUCCAACCCCAUUUCGAGCACUUCAUCUCCGACAUAAUCCAGAAGGACGGCCAUCCACCUCUGUGCAUAAUCGCCGACGUCUUCGUUGCAUGGACCGUUGGCAUCGCCAAGAAGCUUGGAAUCUUCCAUGUCACGUUCACCACCUGUGGAGCCUGCGGCACGGCGGCGUACAUGUCUCUCUAUCUGCAUUUGCCUCACAGGCAUACCGACUCGUCUGAGAUCAGGUUGCCGGGCUUCCCGGAAGCAUUCCGACUGCACCGCUCUCAGAUGCCUGAAUACCUGAGAGGAGCUGAUGGCACCGAACCCUGGGCCACCUUCGUUCGAAAAAGCACACUACUCUCUCUGCAAUCGAGCGCGAUGAUGUGCAACCCUGUCGAGGAUGUUGAACUACUGGGAUUGCAGGCGCUUCGGAAUAUCACUGGCUUACAUGUGCUGGCCAUUGGGCCUCUCUUUCCCCUCGAGGCGAGAACACCUUACCAGAGAAAUGGGAAGAAGCCCGGGAUCCAGUUGGAGGCUUGUUUAGAAUGGUUGGAUUCUCACCUGCCACGUUCGGUAGUCUACAUAUCGUUUGGCUCUCAGAACACCAUCAGUGCUUCGCAGAUGAUGGAACUAGCAAGGGGAUUGGAGGAGAGCAGCAAGCCAUUCCUAUGGCUCAUUAGACCACCAGCUGGAUUUGACUUGAAUGAAGAUUUCAGAGACGAAUGGCUGCCGGAGGGAUUUGAGGCCAGGAUGAGGAAGAAUAGGGAGGGGCUUUUGGUGAGAAAAUGGGCUCCCCAGCUUGAAAUACUGUCACACGAGUCGACCGGUGCAUUUCUUAGCCACUGUGGUUGGAAUUCCUCACUGGAGAGCUUGAGCCGAGGAGUGCCUAUGAUUGGGUGGCCGCUGGCGGCGGAUCAAUUCUAUAACUCCAAAAUGCUUGACGAGGAAUUGGGUGUUUGCGUCGAGCUCGCGAGAGGUUCGGAGGAUAACAUCGAGCAUACGCAUGUGGAGAGGCUCGUCAGACUGGUGUUAGAUGAGGAGAAAGGAAAGGAGAUGAAGGAGAAAGCAAUUAAACUUGCUGAGAUGAUAAGGGCUGCCGUGAAGGAGGAGGGAGAUGAGAAAGGUUCUUCACUCCGAGUGCUCGACGAUUUUAUCAGAGGCAUGGCAGAAGCAUCAUUGGAUUCCAGAGAUUGAGUUGUAUCAACAUCAUUAAUUUCUUGCUCAUUGUUUUUUAUACUGAAAAAAAAGCGAAAUUUUCCUUGUUCUUGUCGGUCUUUUCCAAUGCUCUAAAAUCUAAAAGAAAAUGGGCAAUUUUUUGUGGAUUGGAUGUUAGUAAACAUUCAA